AUGGACGUGCACCCCUGUUUGCUAGUUGUUUCAUUCACUAGGACCUCAGAUUCUUCUGCUCAAGGCAUCAAGACCCAUUCUUUUAUUCUCCUACUGUGGUAUAAUGGUGCAGAAGGCCUCCACCCGAAAGUGACCGAGUUUGUCAGGGACAAAGACUGUGUUGUAUGUGGCCCAGGUGUGCUUAUUGAGCUGGACACCUCAGUUACUUUGCAAAAGGGCAUUCCGGAGCAGCAAGGUGAUAAAACCUGUGGGUUUUGGAUUAUGCAUUACAUGAAGGACAUAGUGGAGGACAAGAACCAAGAGUGGAGUGCUAAGAUUAAUAUGUUAAUGUAUUUCAGUUCUUCAAAAUGGCUUACAUUCCAACUAAUAUUAACUUUCAUAUUUUCUAUUGUUGCAGUGGGACAGAAAGGGAAGCAACAUGUACACACAAAAUGAUAUUGAUAAGGUUUGGGCCGAGUGGGCACAAUAUGUUGCCCAAUUUCAAGAAAGCUAGUGCCUAACUCUUAUAUAUAUCUGCUUUUGGACAUGCAUCACCUAUAUAACCCAGUUUAGGAAGCUAUAGGUACUAGUUUUUUGCUUUACAUGCUCGAUACUGUGAUGUUUGUUGGGUUGUCUUUAUCGAUCAUGUCUUUUAUUUCAUGGACGGGUUGUAUUGAACUGAUGCAUAGCAGGUUGUGUAAUAUACUGAAUGAUUUGCCAGUUUGAUGAAAUGACAUUUUCUGGAUUUCCAGAUUACCUAA